AGCGGCAGGAGGGUCUGGCCGGGUCGGCGGGUCCCAUGUGCCCUGGGCGCCCAGGGGAGCAGCCGCCGCCGCCGCCAGGGCUCUGAAGCCGGCUGAGGAGGAGCUGGGGCCGGGAGCCACCGCCAUGGCCUGUGCCGCCGCCGCCGCCGCCUCCGGCCGCCGGCCGCAUUGCAGCCGCCCCAGCGCCAGCCGCCGCCCGCUGCCCCUGCGGGCGCAAUGAGGAGCCGCGCCGGAGCCGUCGCCUCAUCCCCGCACUGAGGAGCCGGAGCGAGCGAGGACGCCCGACCGCUUCACUCCCCCACUCCGCCCGCGGAGGAUCCCACCGCCCGCGCCGGAUCCUCUUCCAGGCUCGCGGAGCAACGAGCAGAGCCGGCGAUCCUUGCGCCGGAGAAAAUAGUCCCGUCGCUGCUGCUGCCUCCCGAAGAGGCGAGGGGGGCGGAGGAGCAAACCCAGCGGGGGAAGACGAGGAGCUCGGCUGGAGCUUGCGCCCCAUGUGACUGGCACUCAGGGUGGUGGGGGCAGCAAGGCCUAGCAACCCGCACUGUUUCCCAGGCCGCAGCCGGAGCAGCCUCGGGGGGGGGCUCGUGUGCUGGGUGGAGGCAGCUGUUGGACCCAGUGGUGCUGCUGGGAAGGAUGGUUUUAUAAACGAGGAGUGAAGAAGCCCUGAGAAGAGAGAUCCAGAGGGGGAGAGGGUUUUCCCGGGGGGGAGGGGGGGCUGGAAUUUAAUGUUGCAUUUUUGAUCCCUCUCCACCUGAGAGAGAGGCACCCACACCAACCCCCAGGAAGAGAAGAAGGCGAAAGGAAGAAAGGAGGAGAGGUGAUCAGAGGGGGAGAGAGAGAGACCAUGUCAGGGCGGCCCAGAACCACCUCCUUUGCAGAGAGCUGCAAACCAGUGCAGCAGCCUUCAGCAUUUGGCAGCAUGAAAGUUAGCAGAGAUAAAGAUGGCAGCAAAGUGACUACGGUGGUGGCAACUCCUGGACAGGGUCCAGAUCGACCACAAGAAGUUAGCUAUACAGACACCAAGGUGAUUGGAAACGGAUCUUUUGGUGUUGUGUAUCAAGCCAAACUCUGCGAUUCGGGAGAGCUUGUGGCCAUUAAGAAAGUUCUUCAGGACAAAAGAUUUAAGAACCGAGAGCUUCAGAUCAUGAGAAAGUUGGAUCACUGUAACAUUGUCCGAUUGCGAUACUUCUUCUACUCUAGCGGAGAGAAGAAAGACGAGGUGUACCUUAACUUGGUGCUGGACUACGUUCCUGAAACAGUAUACAGAGUUGCCAGACAUUAUAGUCGGGCCAAACAGACACUCCCUAUGAUCUAUGUCAAGUUGUACAUGUAUCAGCUGUUCCGGAGUUUAGCCUAUAUCCAUUCCUUUGGAAUCUGCCAUCGGGAUAUAAAACCACAGAACCUCUUGCUGGAUCCUGAUACAGCUGUCCUAAAACUCUGUGACUUUGGAAGUGCAAAGCAGCUGGUUCGCGGAGAGCCAAAUGUCUCUUACAUCUGCUCUCGGUACUACAGGGCACCAGAGUUGAUCUUUGGAGCCACCGAUUAUACCUCCAGUAUAGAUGUGUGGUCAGCAGGCUGUGUAUUGGCUGAACUGUUACUUGGACAACCAAUCUUUCCAGGCGACAGUGGUGUGGAUCAGUUGGUGGAAAUAAUCAAGGUCCUGGGAACGCCUACAAGGGAACAAAUUAGAGAAAUGAAUCCAAACUACACUGAAUUCAAAUUCCCUCAGAUUAAGGCACAUCCAUGGACUAAGGACUCGUCAGGAACAGGACAUUUCACCUCAGGAGUGCGGGUCUUCCGACCCCGCACUCCACCAGAAGCAAUCGCACUAUGUAGCCGUCUGCUGGAGUACACCCCCACUGCCCGCCUGACUCCCCUGGAAGCAUGUGCGCACUCUUUCUUCGAUGAACUACGGGACCCAAAUGUCAAACUACCCAAUGGGCGAGAGAAACCUGCACUCUUCAACUUCACCACUCAAGAACUGUCAAGUAACCCAUCUUUGGCUUCGAUCCUCAUCCCUGCUCAUGCUCGGAAUCAAGCAGCUGCUUCAACCCCUACAAAUGCUACAGCAGCCUCAGAUGUGAACGCAGGAGAGCGAGGUCAGACCAAUAACGCAGCUUCAGCAUCAGCCUCCAACUCCACCUGAAGUGGUCCCACGCAAGCCAGCUGCACAGGAAAAAUCACCAGUAAUUUGAGUCUUGCUCAGCAACACUGGUCACAUUUGGAAAGAAAAUUAAAAAGAGGAAAAAACAAAACAAAACAAAACCCUGUUCAUUUUAGUGUUCAAUUUUUUUAUUAUUAUUGUUGUUCUUAUUUAACCUUGUAAAAUAUCUAUAAAUACAAACCAGUUUCAUUGUAUUCUCACUCUGCGGGGUCUCCAGGGCAAGGGAAUAGGUGGGGGGGAGAAGGGAAAGUGGAGCAAUAGAAACACACCAAUGUCUCUUCCCUUGACAAUCUCUUCGUAUGGAAAGUUUGCUGUUGUGUACUUCAGAACCAGGACUCUUGCCUCAUGCCCCCUCCCACAACAGAAAGAAGGAAAAAAACCUCAUUCUCUGCUGACUUUUUUUUUUUUAUAACCUCUUUUUUUAUUUUCUUUUUAAGUGAAGUUUCAGACUUUGGUAUAGUGCACAGCUUGAAUUUGGUUGGGAGCUUAGCCGGGGUCAUUCAACAGAGCUAAGUGUUUCUUGUAAGUGAAUCCAUAUCUAGGCUAUCUGAAGAACUGUCUUUGGCGUGGGCUGGGAGGUGAUAGGAUAAUAGGUAGCCCAGGGGGCGGGGGGUGCUUACUGUAUGUCUAAACUUGGAACUGCUAGUGGAAGACUUAUUUAAAAAAUUAGCGCUAGCAAUAGAGAAACCUGCAGCUUCAAUAUGGAAAAAAGUCUAUCAAGUGGGAUAUAUAUAUUUAUUUAUAAUAUAUACACACAUGCAUGUCAAGCACGCCUGGUUAGCUUUGUUGAAGCAGCUUGUUUGCCUAGUCUGAGCUCCUCCACCAAGUCUUGGACUUUUGUUUUUAAAAGAGCCAUGUAGUGCAAGAGAAUGGCCAGUCAGCUGUUAAGCUCCAGCAGAGAGAAGAUGAUGAAUGGAAUCCCACAGGAGGAGGGGGCAGGUGGAGUUAUGGGGCCUUUUGGAAAGUGGCCACUGUGAAAGCAUUUUUCAGUUUUUUGCUCUGAAUGAGAUGCCCUUUCCCAAGAUGCACACAGGAAAAGGACACCAGGGUUUAUAAUGUGAACUGUAACAAUCUACUGGUUUAUUUGUAAUAUUUUUUACUGCAGUUUGAGCUUGCAGGUUGCCAUGCUCUGUAGAUCUAAUUUUAAAUCCACAGCUAGAAUCUGUAUUUAAUUUCAUCAUUUUAACCUCCUGCUUUUUUAUCUUUAUUUAUUGAUGCAUGUGGAGUUGCCAUUAUGAUGUUUUUACUUUGGUAGAAUAAAAUACACAUCAAAGUGAUAUCAACAGUAACUUGUACCUGCUGACUUGAGGGGAAGCUGACUACAUAAGUGUGUGUAUAUAAUAUAAAUAGAUAUGUGUAUAACAUAGAUACAGUACUGCUUUUAGAGUUUUAUUUUGUCUACAGUCGUUAAAUCGUCUGAUUGAAGCAUAAGACGAAUGUUUUUGUUGCCAGUCUGAGUUUAAGGGGUUUUUUUCUGUAGUGGUGAAUGGUGUAAGAAUCAAAGUCUCCAUUUCUGAAGUUAAAGCAAUAUUCUUGGAAAGAGUCAGUUGAGCAGCAGGAAGUUGCAGCUGCAGUGUAAAAAUAGACUUUUGAGACCUGGUCUGUCUUAUCCUUGAGGUUGAUGUCCAUGUGGGCCUUAUACACGUUCAGAGAAACCUUAGUCACCUUGGUGCUUAUGGGCUAUUACUUGACCUGUGGAUCUUUAAGGCACAAUAAAUUGUUUCUGACAUUUGCAGACUUUUAUGUGUGGCCCAGGAGUAGCCAGCAGUAGCGGCUAAGUAAACUCAGUCCCUGCAGGGUGGCAGGAGGUUUGUUUAUGAAUUCAGUACAUUUCCUGUCCCUGUGCUUCAUAUGUGCCCCGUUUGUGGGAUUUUUUUUGAAGGAAUGUUUCUUAGCAGCCGUAGAGGUCCCUCCGUCCUGUCUGAUAAACAGUGGAUGUCUGGGAGGGGAGUUGAAUGUAUACCUGGAAAGAGAAUGGAUAAUUCACCUUAGUUAUGUCCCUCAUUAUUUAGUGAAACCGGGGGCAACAGAAAAGAUUUUUAAGCCACUCUAGGCCGAUUACAGCUGAAGAGAAGGGAAACCACAUUUUUCAAUUGAACAAAAACAUCCCCGCUCCUGUAAUAAAUAACUGAGGCCUGAAAGGAGUGUUAAUGCAAGAAAUCAGCCAGUGAGUGCCAUGGAUGACGGACUAGAACCUGGAUGAUCAAAUGUCCGGCGAGAUUUUAGAAGACUUGAAAAGCAGGCGACAGUAGCAGUGACUGGAUUUGCUUUAUAGACAAGACAGCUGGAAGGCUGGGCAAAGACAUUUACUCUGGACUGGGGACAGUAAAUUACCAAGUUGAUGAUAAUCGCUGCUUGUUUCAGGUGCCGUCCUAGGUGGUUGGUUUGGUUUUUUUUCCAUUCAAGGUUGGUAGAGGAGGAGAGUUAAGAGUUUUUCUCUCAUUCUUUUAGUUCUGCUUCAUGACGGUGUAAUUGUGUGUCUGUCCGUAGGCUGGCGUCUCUGAAUUUCUUUUUCAAGGAUCAUGGCAGGAUCACAAACGUUUUUAUACAUGUUAGAUCCAGGCCUUGGAAUAACUUCUUUUCGUUUCGUUUCGUUUUGUAAAUAAGGGUAUGGGGGGGAGCUCCUCACCAAAUUCAAGCUUGUACAUUAUUUUUGAUUGUUUUUAAAUUUUGAGUUUUAUUGUUUUUGUAUGUAAAUAUGUGGACCCAGGAACUGUUAUUAAUGAGCAAAAAGUUACCGUUCAGGGCAGUGAUUCUGUUUAAUAAUCAGACAAAAUGUAGACGAGCUUUUUAAAGCCAUAUAGUUUUAACUCUGUACAGUAGGUACCGGCCUGUAUUAUUGUAACAAUAACUCUAGCGAUGUAUAGUGUAUCUAUAUAGUUUGGAGUGCCUUCGCUUCCAUGAUUUUUUUUUUUUAAUUUUAUUUCCCCUUUUUUUUGGUCCUUUUUAACAGCUGUAUCCCAGACAAAAUGGCAUCUUUGCUCCCCUGCUUUCUAACCCUUUGGAGUGCUUGUAAGGUUUCAGUGAUACCAUGGUCAGUAGUGGAACGAAAGGAAAUUGUGUUUGAGACUAAUUUCAUUCAAGCAGUGGCUUUGCUCUGGAUGUCCUAAGGUUGCCCAUCACCACACCCCAAUAGCAAUGACUGGUUUCAUUUUACACUUGCCCUCUUGGCACCUAGCAGCUAGAUUAGACUUUGCUCGUCUCUCCCUAUUCCGUGUGUCCAGAGGUCUUGGUGGACAGCAGCUUCCAGGAGCCUUUGGUUUUUUGUCUCUCCCUUCACUGUCUUAAAGAGAGAGCAAAUUGGGCUUUUACAAACAGAAAAGAGAGUUAAAAAUCCCCCUAGUGUUCUGCACUGGUAGCCAGCCAGCCAGCAGGAUAGCUGUGGGGCUCUGGGGCCGUUACUGUAGAACACUAUAGCAGCUUUGUAAUGAGGGAAUUUGCUGUUCCCCAGCCCCUCCCCAUCAGUUUAUUUUCUUAAGCCGAUAACUUUGUUGUUCUUGAUUUCUUGUGCCCAGCACGAAGGCCUUGUUUUUAAAACUAGUUCACUUGUGUUUUCUACCUUGUUAGUAUUCCACAUAUGAUUGUCCUGAAUGGGAAAAAAUUUAACUCUUUACCAAACCAAAGGUUGCUGUUUUUUGGGGUUUUUUUUUUGGUUUUUGGUUUGUUUGUUUUUGUUUGUUUGUUUUUGGAUCCAUCUCGUGUCCAUUCCAGUGAGGCAGAGGCUGCACUUUCUUUCUGGUGACACGAAGGUCAGUGAUGUCAAUUUGGUUUUGACAGUCCACUCGGAAUUGUUACUAGCUUUUUCUUUUUCUUUUUUUUUUUUUUGGCUUGUUUUUAAUGAAGUAUGGUCUUGAGCUGUCAUUUUGUCUACUCUGCAAUUGCAUACGUUUCUGAGAUGGAAUUAAUUACAUUCUCUGUGUCCCCUGGUGGACGUCAAUCAAGACACUGGUAUUUUAAUUUCAAACUUAGCUACCUUAUUAAGGAAAAAAAUUAAUGAUGGUCAUUUACCUAUACGUUUGAAAAAGAAAAAGAAAAAAAAAAAGGCUGAUCCAAGAUCCCAGUUCACUUUUCUAGUUGUUUUAAACCAAUUUUUAUCUAAAUAAUGGCAGAUGCCUGCAAUUCGCAACUAGAGAUCAUUUUAAAUGUUUCCAGACUUGUUACACUUUAAAAAAAAAAUUGCCAGUAAACUUUUCUCUGUUAGAAAUCUCAGCUACUGAAGGUAAAAUAAAAAAAAAAAAAUACAAUAGCUAUAAAAGCACAGUAGAGUAUUUGACCCAGGAGCUACUUUUCUGAGAAUAUAAAAAGGCAUCUUUGGUGUUCCCAUUAUUUCCACAGGGGUUUUAGUCAGUUUUUGUUCAUGGAAUUUGUUUCAUUUCUCAACACUGCAAUAACAGCAAAACAACAAAAAAGUAAAACUAAAAACCAGUACCUAGGGGGUUAGCUUGAGAAAAGUAGCUUCCUUGUGUUCUUCCUCAAUUUUUUUUAAUAUAUAUAUAUUUAUAUAUAUAUAUAAUUUGCUUGCCUGUAAAAUUUGCGUUCAUUAAUGUGUUGCUGAUGGAUCACUUGGGCCUGUACACACACAAAUUAGCGUGACCACUUCCAUCUUAAAAACAGAAAUCCUAAAAAAAAUAAAUAUAUAUAUUAAGGACUGUGGGUUGUAUACAAACUAUUGCAUACACUUGUGCAAAUCUGUCUUGAUUUAAAGGAAAAGCAAAACCUGUAUAACUAUUACUACUUGAAUGCCUCUGUGACUGAAUUUUUUUCAUUUUAAAUAUAAACUUUUUUUGUGGAAAGUAUGCUUAAUGUUUUAUUAUUUCCCCCGCCCCUCCUACCCCUUUGUAAAUACAUUUUGUUCUGUGUGACUCGGUUCGGAAAUAGUUAACUGGUACUGUAAUUUGCAUUAAAUAAAAAGUAGGUUAGCCUGGAAAUUAAAUUUAAAAA